AGUUCCUUUUUUCUUGCAAGUCGGACGUACGUCCAGAAGGGGAUUUGUGAGGAUCUGGGGACAUACGAGGAGUAGACUGUGUGUUGCACUAUGGCUAUUUUUAUAUCUUGGUUUGUAUAUUUCUUUCUGCUUUUUCGUUUUUCGUUUGCUGUUUUUGAAGAUCAAGUCGGGAAAUUUGACUGGAGACAGCAAUAUAUUGGCAAAGUCCGCUUUGCUUAUUUUGAUACCCAGUCACAAGCAUCUAAAAAACUGCUCCUGGCUACAGAGCAAAACGUUGUGGCUUCACUCAAUUCCAGAACCGGGGACCUUUUUUGGAGACAGGUAGACAAGACAGGGCCAGAAGGGCAUAUAGACACCCUGCUGUUCCAUGGACAAGAUGCUGUGGUGAUUGCUGGGAACGGCCGCCUCCUGCGGUCCUGGGAGUCUAAUAUUGGGGGUCUGAACUGGGAGAUGGUGCUGGACACUGGCAGUUUCCAGUCGGCUGCUUUGAUAGGAGUACAGGACAUGGUGAAGUAUGUGGCUGUGCUAAAGAAGGCCGCACUCUCCCUCCACUAUCUCUCCAGUGGGCACCAGAAAUGGGUGGAAAACCUGCCAGACAGUGACACGGUUCAGUACCAGUCUGUGUACUCGGGGGGCGGCACAGAGGUCUUGGUACUGGGUGUCGUGCCACACUCCCAUCUGACCAUCAUUGCAUUCAACAUUGAAGAUGGGGAGAUUAUGGAUCAGGUGUCAGUCGAUGCUCCUUGGCUGUCCAGUCUGCAGCCUAGCUGCGCCGUUGUUGGCCCAGGCUCUCUGAUCUGCGUCGAUGCCGUUACGGCUUCCCUCUACGUGUUGUCCUUGAGCAAAGAGGACCGAGCCGCCGUGCAGCAGAUUACUCUACAGUCCCUGGAUCUGGAGGUGGCUGCUGGAUUCCAGCCGACCGUGGUGUCCACACAGCCUAACCCUGCCCGCCCCGCGUCACCCCAGUGUCUUCUGCAGCUGGACCUGGAUCACUAUGUCCUGCUGCAGCUGACCGCCGGCCUGAUCAGCCCGCUGAGGGACUUCAAGCCGGCAUUCCUAGUCUCCUUCGCAACGUCUGGGGAGAAGACCGUGGCAGCUGUCCUAGCACCCAAGAACGAGACGUCGUGCAGCGUCAGCCUGUUCUCAGCUGACUCUGGAAGGAGGCUUUUGGACACCACAGUGAUUGUGCACCUGGACCCCAAUGGGGGAAUGCCGGAGAAGCUGUACGUGCAGGCCUUCCUCAAGAAGGACGACUCCGUGGGCUACAGGGUGCUGGUGCAGACCGAGGACCACACACUGACCUUCCUGCAGCAGCCAGGCCGUGUGGUGUGGUCCAGGGAGGAGGCGUUGGCAGAUGUCGUCACCAUGGAGAUGGUGGACCUGCCGCUCACUGGGACGCAGGCGGAGCUGGAGGGCGAGUUUGGAAAGAAAGCUGCCAUUCAAGACGGCCUCCUUCACAUGGUCCUCAAGCGGCUCUCCUCCCAGCUCAUCCUGCUGCAGGCCUGGCUCGGCCACCUCUGGAAGCUCUUCUACGACGCCCGCAAGCCGCGCAGCCAGGUGAAGAAUGAGGUGACCAUCGAGACUUUGGCGCGUGACGAGUUCAACCUGCAGAAGAUGAUGGUGAUGGUGACUGCCUCUGGGAAGCUCUUCGGCAUUGACAGCAAAUCAGGAACGGUGCUGUGGAAACACUACCUGCGCAACGUCCAGGCCAACGCCGCCUUCAAGCUGAUGGUGCAGAGGACCACCGCUCACUUCCCUCAUCCCCCACAAUGCACCCUGCUCAUCAAGGACAAGGAAACUGGUCUGACAAGCCUCCACGUGUUCAACCCCAUCUUUGGGAAGAAAAGCCACAUCUCCCCGCCGGUCCUGCCACGCCCGGUCCUCCAGACGCUGCUGCUGCCCCUCAUCGACCAGGACUACUCCAAGGUCCUCCUGCUGAUCGACAGCGAGUACAAGGUGACGGCGUUCCCCUCCACGAAGAACGUCCUGCAGCAGCUCCAGGAGACGGCCUCCUCCAUCUUCUUCUUCCUCGUCGAUUCCAGCCAGGGCCGGCUCUCUGGCUUUCGCCUCAGAAAGGACCUUUCCACGGAGCUGAUCUGGGAGGUGGUGAUCGCACCCGAGAUGCAGCGGAUCGUGGCGGUGAAGGGAAAGCGAGCCAACGAGCACGUGCAUUCUCAGGGCCGUGUCAUGGGCGACCGCAGUGUGCUCUACAAGUACCUGAACCCCAACCUGCUGGCGGUGGUGACUGAGAGCACGGACACACACCAGGAGCGCAGCUUCGUGGGCGUCUUCCUCAUCGACGGGGUGACAGGCCGCAUCAUCCACGAGGCCGUGCAGCGCAAGGCUCGCGGGCCCAUCCACCUGAUCCACUCGGAGAACUGGGUGGUGUACGUGUACUGGAACGCCAAGUCCCGGCGGAAUGAGUUCUCCGUGCUGGAGCUGUUCGAGGGGAUGGAGUUGUAUAAUAGUACAGUGUUCAGCUCCCUGGACCGACCACACCUGCCCCAGGUGCUGCAGCAGUCCUACAUCUUCCCCUCGUCCAUCAGAACCAUGGAGGCCACGCUGACCGAGAAGGGCAUCACCAGCCGACACCUCCUCGUGGGUCUGCCGUCAGGAGCUGUUCUCUCGCUGCCAAAGAUGUUCCUGGAUCCUCGCAGGCCAGAGAUAGUGUCAGAGCAGAGCCGGGAGGAGAACCUUAUUCCUUAUGCACCUGAGAUGCCAAUACGCACAGAGUGGUAUAUCAACUACAAUCAGACCGUGUCAAGAGUGCGAGGAAUCUACACUGCCCCCUCUGGCCUGGAGUCUACCUGUCUGGUGGUUGCAUAUGGUCUGGACAUCUACCAGACGAGGGUUUAUCCCUCUAAGCAGUUUGACGUGUUGAAGGACGACUACGACUAUGUGCUGAUCAGCAGCGUGCUCUUCGGCCUCUUCUUCGCCACCAUGAUCUCCAAGCGCCUAGCACAAGUGAAGCUGCUGAACCGCGCGUGGCGAUAAGGGUCCCCGCCUGGCCCCAGAGCGAUGGCCCCGCGGAGUGCCAGCGUCCCUGCCCGGACGGCAGCCCUGUUUGCGCGAGGAUAGUGGAUCCCCAGCUCAUCCUGUUAGGUCAUCAGAUGUGUCCCGAUUACGUUUGCAAACAGUGUUUAUCUGGGAUUUUUGGAAGAACAACAGUACGAUAUCAAAGGCUGUGAUACUAUGUCGUUUUCACUGUUAUGAGGACAAAUGAAGAAAAUUCUAGCAAAUGAUUCAUUUUCAUUCCCCCAAACACUUGUCCUUUUUUUUUUUGACAAAUUUUUAUCUUCAUUGUUUGCAUUUCACACCAGUAGAAAGAAGAGGAAAAAGAUUAUAUGUGAUUAGAAUGAUUAUGUGGAGCCAGUGUUUACCGGUUAAAAGAUUUAUGCUGUAAAUUCCACUCAAGAUUUUGAAAUUUGGUCUUUUUUUACUACUUUCCUUUUUAUUUGCUCAAAACAUGUUUUGAUUACCAUCCUUGUGUCUAAGUAUGAGGAUUUUUUUUUGGGGGGGGGGGGGGCAGUAAAAACUUAACACCUCAUCAAUUCACAAUGACACUUAACUACAUUUGUCUAUUUUAGAAAUUACUGGUUUGGUUGUACUGUAUUGUUUUGUUGGAAAGGAUGGACUUUUAAAAGUUGCACGAAUUAAGCUGCAAUUUCAUUUGUUUAAGUCUAUAAAGCACUGGAUGCAGAGUAAUUUUUCUGUUCUAUUUAAAAAAAAAAGAAAAAGAAAAACGUUUGUAUCGGAAAUAUUUAUUAUGCAAAAUAUCGUUUGACUUUUGAAUUUGAAAAAAAUGAAAUACUUCGAAAGCAGGGCUGUACCCUCUAUCCCUUCACCCCGUUUUGUUCUUAAACCUUAUGUGCAAAAUUUAAUUCAGUUUCCUUUACUAGUUUUGUUUCGUGUUGCAGCUGAAGAUGUUGCUGCUGCCUCUCUGCAUGCGUUCUGUCAAACUGGCAUGAAUUUUGGGGCGUUCAUAGAAUGCAAAAUUACAUGUUCAUUAAGAAAUCUGAAAGAAGGAAACGGUUCCUGUCACAUGGAGGUGGGUUCAGCAUGCAAGAAGUUUUCAUUAAUUUCAGAAAACUCACCCUGUUUUUUUUUUUUUUUUCUUUUCCAUUUCUAGCAAAAUAUAAAUUAAGCACAGAACAACAGGUGCCCAGAUACGUAUGGCUGUUUUUCUUUUUAGAAUAAGACUAAUAAACUUAUUCCAUCCAAA